GGACUGAGCCCCGGCCGCAGGCUGCCCGAGCCCGCCCCCUGCCCGGCUGCCGGGAGCCCUGAGCCGGGCGCCGCGGGCCGCCGCCGCCGCCACGUGCUGGCCCUGCCCGAGGAGGAGGCAUGGCGGCCGCAGCAGUGCGCCCUGCUCGAGGCCGACGCCUCGGACGAGGUGGGCAUGCUGCCGGGCUCCCCGCGCACCGCGGCCGCCGGCUUCGACAACUUCUUCCCGGUGCAGGAGGGCGAGGGCCCGGGCUGGGAGGGCGGCGCGGCGCUGGAGGCGGGCUGCAGCCCCUUCCUCCCGGUGAGCCCCGAGGUCAUGAAGCGGCGGCGCGGGGGCCUCAUCGAGCAGCGCGACAUCAUCAAGGCCCACGAGGCGCACAAGAUGCAGAGCACCCCGCAGGCGCGGCGCAAGGAGUGGGAGAUGGCUCGCUUCGGGGAGGCGGUGGUCGCCAGGCCGGGGUCGGGCGAUGGAGACUCGGACCAGAGCAGGAACCGGCAAGGAACCCCAGUGCCGGCCUCGGGGCCGGCGGCCGCCUACAAGCAGUCGAAAGCGCAGAGGGCGCGGACUAUGGCUUUGUACAACCCCAUUCCCGUCCGGCAGAACUGUUUCACCGUCAACAGAUCCCUGUUCAUCUUCGGAGAAGAUAACAUUGUCAGGAAAUACGCCAAGAAGCUCAUCGAUUGGCCGCCAUUUGAGUAUAUGAUCCUGGCCACCAUCAUUGCCAACUGCAUCGUCUUGGCCCUGGAGCAGCAUCUUCCCGAGGACGACAAGACCCCGAUGUCCCGAAGACUGGAGAAGACAGAACCGUAUUUCAUUGGGAUCUUUUGCUUUGAAGCUGGCAUCAAAAUCGUGGCCCUGGGGUUCAUCUUCCAUAAGGGUUCGUACCUCCGCAAUGGCUGGAAUGUCAUGGACUUCAUCGUGGUCCUCAGCGGCAUCCUGGCCACUGCAGGGACCCACUUCAACACUCACGUGGACCUGAGGACCCUCCGGGCUGUGCGUGUCCUGAGGCCUUUGAAGCUCGUGUCAGGGAUACCUAGCCUGCAGAUUGUGCUGAAGUCCAUCAUGAAGGCCAUGGUGCCUCUGCUGCAGAUCGGCCUCCUGCUCUUCUUUGCCAUCCUGAUGUUUGCUAUCAUUGGCUUGGAGUUCUACAGCGGGAAGUUACAUCGCGCGUGCUUCAUGAACAAUUCAGGUAUUCUAGAAGGAUUUGAUCCCCCUCACCCGUGCGGCGUGCAGGGCUGCCCAGCUGGUUAUGAAUGCAAGGACUGGAUCGGCCCCAAUGAUGGGAUCACCCAGUUCGAUAACAUCCUUUUUGCUGUGCUGACUGUCUUCCAGUGCAUCACCAUGGAAGGGUGGACCACCGUGCUGUAUAAUACCAAUGAUGCCUUAGGAGCCACCUGGAAUUGGCUGUACUUCAUCCCUCUCAUCAUCAUUGGAUCCUUCUUUGUUCUCAACCUAGUCCUGGGAGUGCUUUCCGGGGAAUUUGCCAAAGAGAGAGAGAGAGUGGAGAACCGCAGAGCUUUCAUGAAGCUGCGGCGCCAGCAGCAGAUCGAGCGCGAGCUGAAUGGCUACCGCGCCUGGAUAGACAAAGCAGAGGAAGUCAUGCUUGCUGAAGAAAAUAAAAACACUGGAACAUCCGCCUUGGAAGUGCUUCGAAGGGCAACCAUCAAAAGGAGCCGCACGGAGGCCAUGACCCGAGACUCCAGUGAUGAGCACUGCGUCGAUAUCUCUUCUGUGGGCACACCUCUUGCCCGAGCCAGUAUCAAAAGUGCAAAGGUCGAUGGCGCCUCCUAUUUCCGGCACAAGGAAAGGCUUCUGCGCAUCUCUAUCCGCCACAUGGUCAAGUCCCAGGUGUUUUACUGGAUCGUGCUGAGCCUCGUGGCACUCAACACUGCCUGUGUGGCCAUCGUCCAUCACAACCAGCCCCAGUGGCUCACCCACCUUCUCUACUAUGCAGAAUUUCUGUUUCUGGGACUCUUCCUCUUAGAGAUGUCCCUGAAGAUGUACGGCAUGGGGCCGCGCCUUUACUUUCAUUCUUCGUUCAACUGCUUUGAUUUUGGGGUCACAGUAGGCAGUAUAUUUGAAGUAGUCUGGGCAAUCUUCAGACCUGGAACAUCCUUUGGAAUCAGUGUCUUGAGAGCCCUUCGGCUUCUAAGAAUAUUUAAAAUAACCAAGUAUUGGGCGUCCCUGCGGAAUUUGGUGGUUUCCUUGAUGAGCUCCAUGAAGUCUAUCAUCAGUUUACUCUUCCUCCUCUUCCUCUUCAUCGUUGUCUUUGCUCUCCUAGGAAUGCAGCUGUUUGGAGGCAGGUUUAACUUUAAUGACGGGACGCCUUCAGCAAAUUUCGAUACCUUCCCUGCAGCCAUCAUGACUGUAUUCCAGAUCCUGACGGGCGAGGACUGGAAUGAGGUGAUGUACAAUGGGAUCCGCUCCCAGGGGGGCGUCAGCUCAGGCAUGUGGUCAGCCAUCUACUUCAUUGUGCUCACCUUGUUUGGAAACUACACGCUGCUGAACGUGUUCUUGGCCAUCGCUGUGGACAAUCUGGCCAAUGCCCAGGAGCUGACCAAGGAUGAACAAGAGGAAGAAGAGGCCUUCAACCAGAAACACAUGCUGCAGAAGGCCAAGGAGGUCAGCCCGAUGUCCGCACCCAACAUGCCUUCUAUCGAAAGAGACAGAAGGAGAAGACACCACAUGUCGAUGUGGGAGCCACGCAGCAGCCACCUGCGGGAGCGAAGGCGCCGGCACCACAUGUCGGUGUGGGAGCAGCGCACCAGCCAGCUGAGGCGGCACAUGCAGAUGUCCAGCCAGGAGGCCCUCAACAAGGAGGAGGCCCCGCCGAUGAACCCCCUCAACCCGCUGAACCCACUGAGCCCCCUCAACCCGCUCAACGCCCACCCCAGCCUUUACCGGAGACCCAGGGCCAUUGAGGGCCUGGCCCUCGGUUUGGGCCUGCAGAAAUGCGAGGAGGAACGCAUCAGCCGCGGGGGGUCCCUCAAGGGGGACGGAGGGGGCCUGUCCAGCACCCUGGACAACCAGAGGAGCCCCUUGUCCCUGGGCAGAAGGGAGCCACCGUGGCUGGCCAGGCCCUGUCAUGGGAACUGUGACCCGACCCAGCAGGAGUCUGGGGGAGGAGAGACCGUGGUAACCUUCGAGGACCGUGCCAGGCACAGGCAGAGCCAGCGGCGCAGCCGGCACCGCCGCGCCCGGACAGAAGGCAAGGAGUCCGCCUCGGCUUCCCGGAGCAGGUCUGCCAGCCAGGAGCGGAGUCUGGAUGAAGCUGGGCCUGCUGAUGGGGAGAAGGACCAUGAGCCCCGGAGCGGCCAUGGGGGCAAGGAGCCGACAAUCCAAGAAGAGCGAGCCCAGGAUUUAAGGAGGACCAACAGUCUGAUGGUGGCCAGAGGCUCCGGGCUGGCGGGUGCCCUCGAGGAGGCCGACACACCCCCGGUGCUGCCGCACGUCGAGCUGGACGUGGGGAAGGCCGCGGCGCUGACGGAGGAGCCGGAAGGCAGCAGUGAGCAAGCCCUGCUGGGGGACGUGCAGCUGGACAUGGGCCGGGCCGUCAGCCAGAGCGAGCCCGACCUCUCCUGCAUCACGGUCAGCAAGGACAAGGCCACCACCGAGAGCACCAGCGUCGCCGUGUCCAUCCCUGACGUGGGCCCCUUGGUGGACUCGACGGUGGUGCACAUUAGCAAUAAGACUGAUGGGGAAGCCAGCCCCUUGAAGGAGGCAGAGAUCAAAGAGGAUGAGGAGGUGGUGGAGAAGAAGAAGCAGAAGAAGGAGAAGCGAGAGACAGGCAAAGCCAUGGUGCCCCACAGCUCUAUGUUCAUCUUCAGCACCACCAACCCGAUCCGGAGGGCCUGCCACUACAUCGUGAACCUGCGCUACUUCGAGAUGUGCAUCCUCCUGGUGAUCGCAGCCAGCAGCAUCGCCCUGGCGGCGGAGGACCCUGUCCUGACCAACUCGGAGCGCAACAGAGUCCUCAGGUAUUUUGACUAUGUCUUCACUGGUGUGUUCACCUUCGAGAUGGUUAUAAAGAUGAUAGACCAGGGCUUGAUCCUGCAGGACGGGUCCUACUUCCGAGACCUGUGGAACAUCCUGGACUUCGUGGUGGUGGUUGGUGCGUUGGUGGCCUUUGCUCUGGCGAACGCUUUGGGAACCAACAAGGGGAGGGACAUCAAGACCAUCAAGUCCCUGCGGGUGCUCCGGGUCCUGAGGCCGCUGAAAACCAUCAAACGCUUGCCCAAGCUCAAGGCUGUCUUUGACUGUGUGGUGACCUCCUUGAAGAAUGUCUUCAACAUACUCAUUGUCUACAAGCUCUUCAUGUUCAUCUUUGCUGUCAUCGCAGUUCAGCUCUUCAAAGGAAAGUUCUUUUAUUGCACGGACAGUUCCAAGGACACAGAGAAGGAGUGCAUAGGCAACUAUGUAGAUCAUGAGAAAAACAAGAUGGAGGUAAAGGGCCGGGAAUGGAAGCGCCAUGAAUUCCACUAUGACAACAUUAUCUGGGCCCUGCUGACCCUCUUCACCGUCUCCACGGGGGAAGGAUGGCCUCAAGUUCUGCAGCAUUCCGUAGACGUAACAGAAGAAGACCGAGGCCCAAGCCGCAGCAACCGCAUGGAGAUGUCCAUCUUUUAUGUGGUCUACUUUGUGGUCUUCCCUUUCUUCUUCGUCAAUAUCUUUGUGGCUCUCAUCAUCAUCACCUUCCAGGAACAAGGGGACAAGAUGAUGGAGGAGUGCAGCCUGGAGAAGAACGAGAGGGCAUGCAUCGACUUCGCCAUCAGCGCCAAACCUCUCACCCGCUACAUGCCGCAGAACAGGCACACCUUCCAGUACCGCGUGUGGCACUUCGUGGUGUCUCCGUCCUUUGAGUACACCAUCAUGGCCAUGAUCGCCUUGAACACCGUCGUGCUGAUGAUGAAGUAUUACUCUGCUCCCUGCACCUAUGAGCUGGCGCUAAAGUACCUGAAUAUCGCCUUCACCAUGGUGUUUUCCUUGGAGUGUGUCCUAAAGGUCAUCGCUUUUGGCUUCUUGAACUAUUUCCGAGACACCUGGAAUAUCUUUGACUUCAUCACCGUGAUUGGCAGUAUCACAGAAAUUAUCCUGACAGACAGCAAGCUGGUGAACACCAGUGGCUUCAAUAUGAGCUUCCUGAAGCUCUUCCGAGCCGCCCGCCUCAUAAAGCUUCUGCGUCAGGGCUACACCAUCCGUAUUUUACUUUGGACCUUCGUGCAGUCCUUUAAGGCCCUCCCCUACGUCUGCCUUUUGAUUGCCAUGCUUUUCUUCAUUUAUGCCAUCAUUGGGAUGCAGGUAUUUGGAAACAUAAAAUUAGAUGAGGAGAGUCACAUCAACCGGCACAACAACUUCCGGAGUUUCUUUGGGUCCCUAAUGCUACUCUUCAGGAGUGCCACAGGUGAGGCCUGGCAGGAGAUUAUGCUAUCAUGCCUCGGGGAGAAAGGCUGUGAGCCUGACACCACUGCACCGUCAGGGCAGAACGAGAACGAGCGCUGCGGCACGGAUCUGGCCUACGUUUACUUUGUCUCCUUCAUCUUCUUCUGCUCCUUCUUGAUGCUCAACCUGUUCGUGGCUGUCAUCAUGGACAACUUUGAGUACCUGACGCGGGACUCCUCCAUCCUGGGCCCUCACCACUUGGAUGAGUUUGUCCGUGUCUGGGCAGAGUACGACAGAGCGGCAUGUGGCCGCAUCCAUUACACUGAGAUGUAUGAAAUGCUGACUCUCAUGUCACCUCCGCUAGGCCUCGGCAAGAGAUGUCCCUCCAAAGUGGCAUAUAAGAGGUUGGUCCUGAUGAAUAUGCCAGUAGCUGAGGACAUGACGGUCCACUUCACCUCCACACUUAUGGCUCUGAUCCGGACGGCUCUGGACAUUAAAAUUGCCAAAGGUGGUGCAGACAGGCAGCAGCUAGACUCAGAGCUGCAGAAGGAGACCCUGGCCAUCUGGCCUCACCUGUCUCAGAAGAUGCUGGAUCUGCUUGUGCCCAUGCCCAAAGCCUCUGACCUGACUGUGGGCAAAAUCUAUGCAGCAAUGAUGAUCAUGGACUACUAUAAACAGAGUAAGGUGAAGAAGCAGAGGCAGCAGCUGGAGGAACAGAAAAAUGCACCCAUGUUCCAGCGCAUGGAGCCCUCAUCUCUGCCUCAGGAGAUCAUUGCUAAUGCCAAAGCCUUGCCUUACCUCCAGCAGGACCCCGUUUCAGGCCUGAGUGGCCGGAGUGGAUACCCUUCGAUGAGUCCGCUCUCCCCGCAGGAAAUAUUCCAGUUGGCGUGUAUGGACCCAGCUGAUGACGGACAGUUCCAGGAGCAGCAAUCUCUGGAGCCAGAGGUUAGUGAAUUAAAAAGCGCGCAGCCCUCUAACCAUGGCAUCUACCUUCCUCCGGACACCCAAGAGCAUGCGGGAUCUGGGAGGGCGUCCUCUAUGCCACGUCUGACCAUGGAUCCCCAGGUGAUGACAGACCCGAGCUCCAUGAGGCGUUCAUUUUCCACCAUUCGGGAUAAGCGUUCAAACUCCUCGUGGCUGGAGGAGUUCUCCAUGGAGCGGAGCAGUGAAAACACCUACAAGUCGCGCCGCCGGAGUUACCACUCCUCCCUGCGGCUGUCGGCCCAUCGCCUGAACUCCGACUCUGGCCACAAGUCCGACACCCACCGCUCAGGGGGCAGGGAGCGGGGACGAUCGAAAGAGCGAAAGCAUCUCCUCUCACCUGAUGUCUCCCGCUGCAAUUCAGAGGAACGAGGGACCCAGGCCGACUGGGAGUCCCCAGAGCGCCAUCAGUCCAGGUCACCCAGCGAGGGCAGGUCACAGACCCCCAACAGACAGGGCACAGGCUCCCUGAGUGAGAGCUCCAUCCCCUCCAUCUCUGACACCAGCACCCCAAGACGAAGUCGGCGGCAGCUCCCACCGGUCCCACCAAAGCCUCGGCCCCUCCUUUCCUAUAGCUCCCUGCUGCGACAUGCUGGCAGCAUCUCUCCACCUGCCGACGGAAGCGAGGGGGGCUCCCCGCUGACCUCCCAAGUCCUGGAGAGCAACAGCGCUUGCCUGACCGAGUCUUCCAACUCCCCCCACCUACAGCAGGGCCCGCACCCUUCCCCCCAGCGCUACAUCUCUGAGCCCUACCUGGCCCUGCACGAAGACUCCCACGCCUCGGACUGUGGCGAGGAGGAGACGCUCACCUUCGAAGCUGCAGUAGCUACCAGCUUGGGCCGCUCCAACACCAUCGGCUCAGCCCCACCCCUGCGGCACAGCUGGCAGAUGCCCAAUGGGCACUAUCGGCGGCGGAGGCGUGGGGGGCCUGGGUCAGGCAUGAUGUGUGGGGCUGUCAGCGACCUCCUAAGCGACACGGAAGAAGAUGACAAAUGCUAGAGGCUGCUCCCCCCUCCGAUGCAUGCUCUUCUCUCACAUGGAGAAAACCAAGACCGAAUUGGGAAGCCAGCGCGGCCCGGGGGGGAGGAGGAGGGAGAAGGAAGAUGGAAGGACACCAUGCAUCAUCAGAGAAGAGGAAGGAAAGGAUAAUCGGAAACCCAGUCAAACCACCAAAUUGCUUCAUUCCCCUUUGCAAGAUGGGCACUGCUAUAGUUCUGCCUCUUUGCUGGGGAAAGAAAACACAGGAACGUGGAGGGUUAUUCCCAGGGGAGAAGGGACACGAGGACAGCUUCGCUACCCUUUGCCCCUUCCCACUUUUCUAAAAGCCGUGGAGGGAUCUAGCCAGCCUGUGUCUACACUCAUUGCCCUGAGAAGCCUGGAAGACUUUCUGGCUCUUAACUGGGGAGCAGUGGAGACCACAGGAGAGGACUCUCCUCCCUCACCAGCUCUCACGCCUCAGCCAGCAGCGCUGCCACCAGGGCAGCAGCGCGCAUCAUCCUGUGGCUUACUUCCCCCAAAGAGGCGCAGGCUAAGUCAGGAGCAUCGGAUGCCAAGGGGGGGAGGGAAAGGCUGGCGUGGAAGGGGUCAGGGUGCUGUGGCCACAGCAGCAAGGGCUGGUCUGGGUGAGAAAAGCCAUAGCCCAGCAGCCCCCA